UGUAACAAUACUGCAUUCUUACUUGUCUGCCUUCUUUUCCUUUGAAGUUUAAACCCAUCUUGUGAUUUGGAUCACGUUUCUUCUGUAGAAUACUUCUUCGCAAAGGAAAUAAAAAAUGUGUGUUUUUUGGGUUUCAAAGUCUCGAACUUAGAAACGUGAAGGUUGAACAGAUUUGCAUACUGAGAAGACAAAAUUGUUUAUUUGAGCUGAAACUCUGACACUGCUGUUAAACAGAAAUAAGGGAGUGAAGCCUUCUGAGGAGGACGCUUGAGGAUCUGUGUUUCUUCAACGAUCGUUGAGGUGAAAAUCUACAAGUAUCAAUAGCCGGAUCUGGUAAAGAUUGCUAAGGUACUUUUUUUAUUCUUUUUUGGUUUGUGAGAUUCGAAGAUUCAGAUAAGUGAGGAGAUGUUUGAUGGCUGCUUGAUGAUGACUUGCCAUACUUUGAGUUACCCAUCACACAAAUUGGGCUAUGUAAACACACAAAGGACCUUCUUGUAUAAGUCAAGGUCAAAUCGUGUUCUAGCAAUGCCUCCAUCUCCAUUUCUUUUAAAUACAGAUGAAGAUGGAAAAUUUGGUUCCAAUACAGCUUCAACAAGUAAUUAUUCUAGUGAUUCUUUACUUAGUUUGGAAAAUACCGUUGGUAUAAUUGGAGGGGUAUCUGUUGAUUCUACUCUGAAGUUCUUGAGAAAACUAGUUAAGUGGGGUUCAAAAGAUGAAGAUAGCAUUCCUUUCGUGCUCUGCUCUGACCCCAUGUUGAGUAAGGAUCUUCUGUUACUUGAAAGGAGUUCUUUGCCUUCCAUAAGUGGUCGUAAAAUCGAACACAUACAAGUGGAUCCUACCCGAAUUGUGGAGAAUCUGAGAAUCAAAAGGGUCUUCCUGGAAAAUACAGGAGCUCGUUGCAUUGUCAUGCCUUGUCAUAUAUCACAUUCUUGGCAUGAAGAACUUUCCAAGGGAUGUAAUGUUCCCUUCCUCCAUAUGGGAGAAUGCAUUGCUAGGCAGCUCAAGGAAGCCAAGUUGAAGCCACUUGAAGCAGGUAGUCGUGUGAGAAUUGGAGUGCUUGGGACCAAUGCAACUUUAACAGCAGGAUUUUAUCAAGAGAAACUGCAGAAUGAGGGCUUUGAGGUUGUGCUGCCAGAUAAAUCGACCAUGGAACAUGCUGUUGUUCCUGCUAUGGAGGCUAUAAGUAGAAAAGAUUUAGAAGGAGCACGAAAUCUAUUACGAAUUGCACUCCAAGUUCUUUUGGUGAGGGCUGUGAAUUCUGUUAUCCUUGCCUCAGAUGAUAUGCGAGAUCUUUUGCCUCUGGAUGAUCCUCUUCUCAAGAGAUGUGUUGACCCUUUGGACGCCUUGGCCUGGUCAACUGUCAAGUGGGCUCAAUCUGCUGAGAUAAGUAAAUAAAGACAGUUUACUAUGCAUAUUGACUUGGAAUUCAUACAGAAACAUGUUAUGUAAAACUUUGUUUGGGUGUGUUAUUAUGAAGUUGGGGGAUUGAAUAAAUUGAAAAAACUCUCCCCCCGAUUCUUCAAUAGGACCUGUGUAAAUUGUGAUUGAUCUCUUAAAUAUCAUAUUGAGUAUAGCAGUCAUUGGUCUUUUUUUA